AAUAGGGGAAGUGAUAAUAAUGCACGAUAAUACGAAGAAGAAAUCAAUCAUGUGUGAUGGAAGAGUUAUGAUUCUUUGUCAUCAAUCAGGCAAGAUAUCCAAGACCGUGAUGCUGAAGGAUCUAGAAUUGAUCGACACCGAAAUUAGUGGUGAAGAAGCCGAUAGCAUUGAUGAGGAGGCAUCAACGGAUGUAGGAAAUUUGAAUUUGCAUGGAAACCACGUUACAGAGGUGGACCAACAAGAAGGACGUGGGGCUGAUGAUGGGCUAGAGAACAGUGGCUCACAUGAAAGGAUUAUGGGUAUGGAGGGAAAUGAACCCAAAAGCAUUAAUGCCGAGAAGAGCCAUUCCGAUCGAGAUUCGGGUAGCAAGGCCGUGCAAAGCAAGCGGCGAAGAAAUUUAGAAGAGUGUUAUCCACAAAGCUUGGCGGCAGACUCGGCGACGAAGACACAAUGGGUAACAGGAAGAACAAAGAAGCGCCAAGGACGUAGGAAGAAGGCUCAGCACACUGCAGAGGAAAAAGCAAAGUGGGUCGGCAGCAGCUCACUUUCAGAUGGAUGUAUUGAGCAUCGAAAUCAGGAUUCCGAGGAGGAGGUUCAAUCGAGAUUGUUGGCAAUUGAGGGACAGAUUACGGCGCAAGGGAGUGACGGUAGGUGGGUGGAGGAACCAGAGUUGGUGAAAAAAUUGGUAGUCAAAUAUUUCAGGGAAUUGUUUCAAGGAGAAUCAUGGAGUAGACCUAAGCUGGAUGGUGUCACUUUUAAACAAAUUACUGAGGAGCAGCAAGAGUGGUUAGAAGGGCCAUUUUCAGCAGAGGAGAUUGAAGAAGGGUUGAAGAGCUGUGAUGGGAAUAAAGCACCAGGGACAGAGGGUUUCAAUUUCAGUUUCAUCAAAUUUGUCUGGAGCAGUUUGAAGGAGGAUUUUGUCAGCUUCUUUGAGGAGUUUCAUCAACGUGGCAGUAAGGAGAAAGGAGGUUUAGGGGUGCAAGAUUUAUGUAGGAGAAAUUGGGUGUUAUUAGGAAAGUGGUGGUUUCGCUUUGGUGACGAUGUGGCGAAUUUAUGGAAACAGGUGUUGAGGGAUAAAUACUAUGGGGGUAAGGAGGUGCUAGAUAUCACUGCAGUGGACACUUGGCAGCUGUCCAAGAUUUGGGGUGAUGUUAUUCAUAUAGGAGGGAUUUCUGAGAGGCUACAAAAUAUGCUAGUGAGAGGGUUCAAGUGGGAGGUAAUGAGAUGGGGGAUUGGAAAAGGGAUAGAUGGUGUUGGAAUAUUGCAUGGAGAAGGGAGAGAAGGGGGCAGGGAAAGGGAUGAAGAGGAUUUGUUAAUGAAGUUGCUAGGAAAGGUUCGAAUAAAGAUUGGUGGGGAUGAUAGUUGGAGAUGGGUGCAUGAUUCUGAAGGAAAUUAUGUAGUGAAGAAAGCUUAUGAGUUCUUAGCUCCUUUGGAGUCUAUUUUGCAGGGCCAGCUUUGUCGAUUGGUUUGGUGCAAUUUAGUGCCAUCCAAGGUACUUCAUUGGUGGGGGGUGGAAUCUAUGUUACCAAAUUCAGUGGCAGCCAUAGCUGAAUUUUUCUGGUCUAGUUUUGGUAGGUUGGUUGGGAAAGAGAUGGGUGCUUGUAUGUUUCUAAUAGUUUCUUGGUAUUUGUGGUAUUGGAGAAAUGGGAGCUUCAAGGAGAAAUUGUUGGAUAUGGUUCAAAUCAAGUCCUUUUCUUGGAUUAAAUCUAAGAAUACUAGUGCCAUGUUCUCCUUUCAUGAAUGGACGGGUGACCCAGUUGCUUGUGCAUUGGAGGUGAGGAGGCAUAAAAAGGAACUAAAGAGGUAUUUGAAGCUAAAACAGGGUCAUAUAUGAUCGGCAGUGGGGGCUUGAUUGCUUUUGGCUUAUGUGUUUUUAUUAUAAAUGAUGUCAGUUUUGCUAUGUCUUUGUUAUGAUGGUUUAGUCUUUUAUUAUGUAAAUGGGUUAGAGUACCCCUUGUACUCUUAUUAAUAAAUUAUUUUAAUUUGC